ACCUUGAGGCUUAUAUUCUUUCACAUAAUUUGAAGGAAACCACCCUGUUUUCUCUCCAAGGGUACCCUCCCACCAUCCCCCUUCUUCUUUCUGGGUUAAAGUGAUAAUAUCACCUUUCUUAAAGCAGAGUUCAUCAUUGUUCUUCCCUUUGAAUGAAUACACUGCCUGAACCAAAGUGGGAGUAUCAGUUGUUCCUGACAUUUUCCUUUUGGAAGAUCAGUUUAAUUCCUGUAGAAUUCAGUCUUCAUUAUACACCACCGGGAUUCAAUUACUUCUAAAUUGAGUAAUAACUAGUCAAGUCCAGUUCACUAGCAAAAAAGUAUGUGGCAAAGUCUUUUCCUUCUUUCUCUUACGUCUGAAAAUAACUCACCUCGUUCCUAAUUUAAAUCGCGAUAGACGCCACGGAAUAGAGCUUCAAAUUCUCUUGACAAACAUUUUCAGCUCAGCCUGCGCACGGAGAAGGAGACUCGAAUCACUCGAAUUCUCGAACUACUAUAGCAUCUUCCUGUCAUCUUCGUGUGGUGUGGUUAUAGGACACAGUGCAGGAAAAUUGCUUUCGGAGCAUCCUAUACUGAUAAUCCUUGUAAUCUGCCUACAAUCUUACAACCAGCCUACAACCUCGUGUAUAAAGAGAGAACGAGAGUAGAAAGGAUUAAACAAAAUGGAUUAGAAUGAUAAAGAUAUUAAGAGAGUGGCAAUCAACACACAAUUGUGAACGAAGUGCCAUCAGCUGAUCGCAGGCUACAUAAGUUUGGACUGCACUUUUGUUUGCAUCGCAGAUUUGCGUGCCAAUAGUAUUAAAGAAUGCACGGUCGUGUAAAGACACGCAGUACAGCAGAGCAACAAGAGGUAAAAAGAAAGGAGCGCGAGAAGAAGGUGAAAUUGUAUAAAGCUGGUGUUGAAAAAUUAUUUCAAAAGCGUGAUGGAAAUUGUUUUGAUAAUGAAGUUCUCGAGAUUUCUGCUCAACUUCUUUGUGCAAAUCCUGACAUUUACACAGUGUGGAAUAUAAGGAGACAAGUUAUUCUUUAUUUUAAGACUGAAAAAUCCUCUGAAGACUUCCAAUUGCUAUUGGAAAACGAGCUCCCACUGACAGAACAGUGCCUCAGGGCAAAUCCAAAAUCAUACUGUGCCUGGCAUCAUCGUUCAUGGGUUUUGGAUACUAUGCCUGUUCCUAAUUGGAAAAGAGAAUUAGCUCUAUGCAAUAAAUACCUUGAGUUGGAUGAAAGAAAUUUUCACACAUGGGACUACCGGCGGUACAUAGUCACUCAAGCACAAGUGCCUGCAGAAGAUGAAUUCAUAUUCUCAACUCAAAAGAUUUCAACAAACUUCUCUAAUUACUCUUCCUGGCAUUAUAGAAGUCGUUUGCUGCCGUCUUUAUUUCCAGAUCCACUUAAUAAACGUCCUAUCCGAGAAGAUAAACACAAAGAAGAACUCUCUCUUGUACAAAAUGCAACAUUUACAGAUCCUAAUGACCAGAGUGCUUGGUUUUACCAGCGAUGGCUUCUUGGUCGGGCCCAUCAAAGUCUUCUGUUGGUGCAAGCAUUUGUGUCAGAACAACUGACGUUUGCUGUUUUAAAUAAGAGUGUGCGCUUAGAUAAAUCAAACCUCUCGCUGCAAUUAUUUAUUUCAAAUAAUCCUAUUAAAGGUUCAUGGAAACCUUGUGGAUAUAAUGUCGAUUCUCAUGUUUGGGUAUCCUUUGAAACAUUUGAUUAUUAUGGAGGAAGCCUUACUUCAGGUUCUUUGGAAGUUACUUUACAUCACCAAAAUAAACAAAUAGAUCAACUUAACCUCCACAUAAAAGGCCCUGGUGUUGAAGCUUGGGGUUCCAAGAAACCUCAAUUUGAUGCGCAAUUCAGCCAGGGACUUACAUCAGUCCUAGAAACGGAACUAGAUUCGUAUCAUCAGUUACUUGAUUUGGAGCCUGACAGCAAAUGGACUUUGCUGACUAUUGUUCUUCUUAUGCAAGCAAUUGAUAGACAUCUCUACAAAGAUGACACCAUGCAAAAAAUUGGACAACUAAAAAAGAUUGAUCCUUUAAGAUCAGGAUACUAUGAAGACUUACGUAGCAGGUAUGAAAUAGAAUACUUUUUGGACAACCAGGAGAAAGAUGGCUUGUCACAUCCAGCUUGUGUGGAAGUGAAACUUUCAGGAUAUAAUCUUUCUGCACUGUAUCAUUUGCAUUACUUGAGUCUAAUGCAGCAAGUAAACCUGAGUUGUAACCAAUUGACAGACCGAUCAUUACCUCAGCUUCAUGCUCUACAAUGUUGCCAAGUACUUAUUCUGGAUGAAAAUUUGCUGGAAUCCUUGAAUGGGAUGCCUUCGCUUACUUCUCUUUUGUCACUAUCAUUAAAAAAUAAUCGCAUUUCAACCAAAGAUAACUUAAAACAUCUUGUGAUGUGUCAAAGCUUGAAUUCAGUACAUUUGUCUGGCAACACUGUUGCAAAUGAUGCUGAUCUAGAAGUCUACCUCAAAGGUCUACUCCCAAAAUUAAAGACUGAAGAAGUGAUCUGAAGGACAACUGCUGUUACUGCAGCUACACUCAAAAAGAAGAAAGACACUUUUGCUACAUGCUCAUAAUGCUCCGCUUAUCAUUUGAUCCAACAUUCCAUCCAUUCUGUUUAGACAUUUCGUAAAAAUCUUCACAGUCUUUAAGCUGAAUUUGGCACUCACCUGAACAUUAUAUUGUUUGUAUUUUCAUGUAGGUGGAGGCACUUAAAUGUUUUAAAUAUAUUCCCUCUUCUGCAAAAUGAGACAAUGUAGCUGCAGCUUUUUAUGUGGUUUAAGCACAAGAGUUCUUCAUAUUGUAAAGUACUAUGUUAUUUUUCAAUAAAUUUGUAUACAUGUUAUAGUUGAAAAUAAAUGUAUUAUUUCCAUUGUUAGAAGAUGUGAGCAACCCAGAGAUCCAUCUUUCAUUGUGCAAUGUACACCUGUGUAAUGAUGAACAUGAAAAUAUCUAUAAACUAGUGGUGCUAUUGAAUGGCACAUACUUUGUUGUACUAUGACGAUACUUACGAUAGUAAGAAUGCUCUAUGACAUGUUGUUGACAUCUUUGUCAGAUAUAUUCCGAUAGCCGACAUUCAAUGAAUUUGCUUUCACCAUCAAUCUAAAAGUAAUAUAAAUACAAAAUAAUUACAAAAUCUUUAAAGAAUAAAGAACAAGAAGACAUACCUACAUCAAAUGAAAUUUCAAAAAGUGAAACAGUUGAGCCGCUUGCCUUCCUUGAUAUAUGUGGCAAAAGUCAGGAGACAAUGCCCAGAGGGGAAAAUUGAAUGUAUUUUAAAUAUGUUUCUGGUGCUGCAGGUAAGGAGUCGGUAGAGUAUUUCCUUUACCACACAUGAAUCCUACAAACACUCACUCUCCCCUCACAACCCCUCCCCACUCAUAGCAAAGUCCGGAAUGUAUGAACUCAAUCGCAAAGCCGAAUACAUAGGCCAGACCGGCAGAAGCUUCAAUGCCUGAAUUAAAGAACAUUUAUAUGCAUGUGUUGUCGAGCGAGCUGCGACCUAGUUUCAUGCAGGGGCCCAGGUUGCUGUUGAGCCAGACCCUGUAUUUCCUGUAAGGCACAACCCUUGGGCCGCGAGCCCCCUCUCAUGUUCAGCCUGACCCAGCGGCCACGGCACGUCACUCUGCCUGGCUCGUAGGGGCGGCACGCUGCUCCAGGGUGGUACCUCCUCGCCCUGUCAGAUAAUAAACCGUCUUAAG